CCCAAACCCAACCGGAACCAAAGAAACCAAACAAAGCCGAAAACCUCUUCCUCCUCCUCCGGUCUCGUCAAUCGCCAUCAUUUCCUCCUCCUCCCCCCAAAUCCCCCAAAUCCAUCUACCCCGCACCCCCGAAUCCCGCCGCCGCGGCGUCGAAAUCCGGCGUGCCCCGCCCCGAUCCGUCCGAUCCGGGCCGAAUCGCCGCCGCGGGGAGCGUAACCCUACCCCGAUCUCAAAUCCCCGAUGGGCACCGGCCGUGUCUGCCGCGGCGGUCCCUCCUCCUCCUCACACGCCGGCCCCGCCGCGGGGCGCCCGUUCCCGCCGCUCACCGCGUCCUCUUCCUCCCCCUCCCCUUCCUCGGCCCCCUCCGAGACGGCGUCCACGUCGGUGACCAAGACGGUGAACGGGUCGCACCACUUUAAGAUCGCGGGCUACUCGCUCUCCAAGGGGAUCGGGGUGGGGAAGUACAUCGCCUCCGAGUCCUUCUCCGUCGGGGGCUUCGAGUGGGCGAUCUACUUCUACCCCGAUGGGAAGAGCCCUGAGGACGGCGCCGCCUACGUCUCCCUCUUCAUAGCGCUCGCCAGCGAGGGCACCGAUGUGCGCGCGCUCUUCGAGCUCACGCUCGUCGACCAGAGCGGCAAGGGGCAGGACAAGGUACACACCCACUUUGGGAGGUCCCUCGAGGGCGGCCCCUACACCCUCAAGUACCGCGGCAGCAUGUGGGGCUACAAGCGUUUCUUCAAACGAUCAGCCCUGGAAACAUCAGAUUAUCUUAAAGAUGAUUGCCUUUUAGUGAACUGCACCGUUGGUGUUGUUCAGUCACAUACUGAAGGACCGAAGAUAUACACAAUACCAGUGCCACCAUCCAAUAUGGCUCAACAUAUUGGCCAGCUAUUCACAAGUGGAAAGAGAACUGACAUUACAUUUGAAGUUGAUGGGGAGAUGUUUCCUGCUCACAAGGUGGUUCUUUCGGCCCGGUCACCAGUUUUUAGGGCACAGCUUUUUGGUCCCAUGAAGGAUAAAAACAUGAAGUGUAUAAAGAUGGAAGACAUGGAGGCUCCAGUCUUCAAGGCCUUACUCCAUUUUAUGUACUGGGAUGAGUUGCCUGACAUUGAAGAGCUUACUGGUGUAAAUACGACUUGGGUGUCCACUUUGAUGGCUCAGCAUUUACUUGCUGCGGCGGACCGUUAUGCAUUGGAGAGACUAAAGUUGCUCUGUGAACUCAAGCUAUGUGAAGAUGUUGCAAUAAACACCGUUGCAAAUACUUUGGCGCUGGCUGAACAGCACCACUGUUAUCAGCUAAAAACUGUUUGCUUGAAAUUUGUGGCUCUGCCUGAGAAUUUGAAAGCUGUCAUGCAAACCGAUGGGUUUGAUUAUUUGCAGCAAAGCUGCCCAUCCCUUCUGACCGAGCUUCUCGAGUAUGUGGCCAAGGUAGGAGAGCACUCUGUCAGCCCUUGCUUGUAUUCAAAUGAAGUCCUUGAUGGCGGUGAUGCCAAUGGAAGACGCGUGAAGCCAAGAAUUUAAUGGCUGCUCUGAUAAGCCUAGAGGAGUUCCUUGUGUCCUUUUUCAUUGUAAAGUGUUUUCUAUAACUGUGCUUUUGUGGUGCCAUAUCAUGCAUGUUGUAGUGUGUGUCUCUGUGUGUUGUGACUUCCAUCUCUCUUCCUAGCCCUCUAUUGCUACUGUGGAGCGAGUUAUGGCUAAUAUAUAUCCUACUGACUAGUGUACCUCAAUUGCAUUGCUGCAAAGCCUGGUGCUUUGCAGUCUGUGAUCAUAAGUGCACACAGGUGGCACGGCAAAGACGGACUGGUGCAAGGUUUGAUCAAUGUGAAAAUAACGGCGCAGCAUGUAUUUGAAGUUGAACUUUGUGCUAGGCCAGCUUCGUCGAUUCGUUGUCGUCUGUAUUUGACUGUAUUCAAUUGAAAUGAUGAAAUGCAAUGAAAUGUAUCAGUUGAGUCA